CUAACAGUAGAUGAAAAAUUUUGAAUUUAUUUGUUUAUAGAUGCAAUUUGGAAGCAAAAAGAGUAUAGUGUCUUUUAUGAACACAGAGACAUUCUACUUGAUUAUAUGGAGAAACUUGGAAUCAUCGCUAAACCACACCAGUUUCCACAUGUAACUAAUGAAACAGAUUACUACUUUGCUCCGUGUGUCCUGAAAACACCACCGCCAGAUGAUUUGUUAAUUCAAAAAGAGAGCACGGACAGUAGAUCCACCAGUAAACUGUGUUUGACAACCGAAUUGCGAUUUCUACCCACAGCUGUCUUCAACAAGCUCCUAGCAGCUUGUAUCAACAGAUUUGCACUGCCAGAAUCGGAUGCGAAACAUUUAAUUUUCUGUGGAUAUGCAGUUUUAGAUCUCGAAGGAAAUCAUACCAUUCAUUUGUAUUUUUUCGAUCACGUCAUUCAGAUUUGGAUUACAAAAUUUAGCUCCAAGAAGGAAGAGCCAUCCAAUCGUUUAUGUUCUCAAGUUUAUGCUUUUGUCUUAGACAUUCUCGCCAACGGCUUGCACCUUUCGGAUCAUCUGAAGGUGUUCUUCAAAUGUCAGUCUUCUCAGCACAAUUCAAAUGAAAACAUGUUUUCGGAAGAACGACUUUUAAAAGGUACAGAUGUUGUUUGUAAAUGCAGAGCCGGAUGGCACGUGUUACAAUCUAAUGAGCUUACCAAUUACUGGCAUUGUAAGUACAUGUAG